AACCACACUUUGUGCACGUGAUCAACUACGGCCACUACGUGUAUUUCUUCUUCCGAGAGAUUGCCAUGGAAUACACCGCACUCGGACGGGUAGGUGGUUUUACUCCCGGGGUGGCGAGGGUCUGCAAGAAUGACAAGGGCGGCUCCCCGAGAGUGCUGGAGAAGUACUGCGACAUCCUUCCUGAAGGUGCGUCUCUCAACUGCUCAGUACCAGGAGAAUCCUUUUUCUACUUUGAUGUCCUGGAGUCGAUGACAGGAGUAGUGACCAUCAAUUGGCAGCCCACCAUUAUUGGAAUCUUCAGCACUCAAUCCAACAGUAUCCCAGGCUCUGCCGUCUGUGCCUUCUCCAUGGAGGAUAUCGGGAAUGCCUUCAAUGGCAGAUUCAAGGAGCAGGAUUCCUCUUGGACUGCAGUUUCCGAGGACAGGGUGCCAAAACCGAGGCCUGGGUGCUGCGCAGGACACGGAGAGGCAGAGGCGUACAAGAGCUCCAGUGAGUUUCCGGAUGAGAGCCUGUCCUUCAUCAAGUCACACCCACUCCUGGACGACACGGUGCCCCAGAUCACAGAACGGCCGUGGGUGACCUGGACCCACGGCAGGGAGCGACUGAGUCAGCUGGUGGUAGACACGGGGGCGGGACCCCACCAGAACUACACAGUCCUCUUCCUGGCCACCGAGGCUGGCCGGCUGCUCAAAGUCCUGCUCCAGACACAGACGGGCAGCCAGACAGAGGCCCUGCUGCUCGAGGAACUUGACGUGUACAACCCCAAGAGGUGUGGCUUGGGGAGAGAGGAUGGCCGCCCGCUGGCCAUGGAGUUGGAUCGGGACCACCAUGCCGUGUACCUGGGCUUCAGCGGCUGUUUGCUCCGGGCCCCCCUCAGUCGCUGUAACAGCCACAGUCACUGCCGCAGAGCUUGCUUGGCCGCCAGGGACCCGUACUGUGGCUGGCUGAAGGUGGGACACUGUGGAACUCUAUACCCCGGGACCAGGAGCGGCUUUGAACAGGAUGUGGAGCGUGGGCAUCUUUGGGACAAGGAGCAGUGUGGAGCCUCACCCCCUUCCAUCCAAGAUAGCCUACAGGACUCAUCCUACGGGGUGGAGAGGGCGAAGGCCGGCAAGGCCGCUGGACACCGGGUCCACCUGAACCUGCUGGCAGCUGCUGCCGUCUCGGCCUUCCUGCUGGGGGCCCUCCUCUCGGCACUGGCCUCCUCCUGCUACUGGCGAAGGGCCGGCGAGGCGGAGAUAAUGGGCUCAGAGGGUGCCAAGGCCCACGUCGAGGCCUCCAGGAUCUACGCCAGCCUGCUGGUCGACCGGGGAGGACGCGGCACCCACCCGGAGCUGACCUGCUUGCCCACCCCGGACGCUACGCCCGACCUCCCAUCCCGGAACCUGAGGCCCUUGCGGGGCCGCUGGGACGCGCCCGCAGCUGGGACGGGGGGAGACCGGGACCCGCGGCUGACCGGCCUCACUGCCCACGGGCUUCCCUACAUCCCCAGUGCCGUGGUGCUGCCGAACAAUGCGCUGGGCCGCCAACCCUCGCCGGCACUGCCCGGCACCCUGGAGGAGGAGCAGAAGGAGAAGAUCCGGGGGCCGAUGUGGGACCCUCCGCCCCCGCCCUUGCCCCGCCGGCCGCCUGCCGAGGUGGUGGACGUUGGCACACUGGACUCACUCCUCCAGCGGCUCCACCAGAUGAACCUAGAGGUCUUGGGCCCAGCAGGAGCUCAGGAGAAGGACCUUAGCCCCGUUGUCAGGGGUGACGAGGAGGAAGGAGAGGAUGAGGACGAGGAGGACGAAGAGGAGGAGGAGGAGAAGGAGUGGAGAGGGCAGGCUGCCUACCACGCAGCCGCCACCCUGCCAAGAGACGGGUGUGCCCGUCAGGGACCGAGCCAUGGGCGCGCUCUUUACACCUUCCCCAAGACCGGCCCUGAGCGGGACAGGAGCCGGUGUCGCAGUCGGUCCACCGCUCCUGAGCUCAGCUCCUCAUACCAGUCCACCACCGAACUGCCCCCACCCGUGCCCCGUCACGGACCUCGGCGGGCUGAGACCCCGGAACCCUCGCCUCCCCUCUCACCACAUUCGUAGCCCCUCCGGGGAGAGCAAUUCCCCCAGGCCUCCAGCCCUGAAACGAGGUGAGGGGAGUGAGACUUCCUCCUCCCACCCUAUCCCCUCUCCUCCACUCACCACCUUCCUUAUUCCCUCUCCUCCCUCCACCCACUCCACCUAGCCACUUCCUCAGCCUCCCCCUCCCCUCACUUUCCCACCUAGCCUCUUCCCUCACUGACCCGAAAUCUUUUACCCCUUCACUGCCUCCAUCUUCUCCAGAAUACCUUCCUUCCUCCUCCAACUCCACCUCCCCUGCCUCUCUCCCCCUCCACCACCAUCCCCCACAGUCCUGAAACCACUCCCUCAGCAGGCCAUGACCCUAUGACCUUUGGACCUGGCCAUCACUCUGGCACACAACUCGACACAACAUCGGUGAGGAGACCCAUCGGCUCUGAGGUCCAGGAGAGAGGGUGGGCCAGUGGCGGCCCUCCCCAGGGCCAGAGCCCCUACCGCUGAGCAUCCGGGACCUGUCACUGUUGCUUUUGUGUAAAUAUGUUACAGGAAUAUGUCUUUUUUAUUAUUAUUGUUAAUGUUGUUGUUAUUUAAAGAGAAUU